AGAUAACACCUGAACAUUGAAAUAAACUUUUAACACUAACUGUUCAAAGUUAGUCACUAUUAUGUGGUUCCCAGACGAAAUGCUGGAAUUUCGGGACUUUGCUCAGUUAAAAAACUGCAAGUGCGAUGACGAAAAGGUCUCGACCACCACAUCCAGGGAGCAGCAAAAAACCGAAAACUCCGUGGAAAAAUGCUACGAUCGCUUCCAGCAGAUGCAAUUCCUAAACCCACGUGUGGCGCAACUGAGCCGCAUCGAGCAUCAGCACUACCUGGAUCUCAUGCUGCGUCACUUGCCGGUUAACUACGAGUGCCUGGACAGCAGCAGACCCUGGUGUGUCUACUGGAUAUUGCAGGCAGCGCAGCUUUUGAGCUUUACAUUCGAUGAACAAACCCUCGACCAUGUCGUGGAAUUUCUAACCAAGUGUCGGGCUCCUGCGGGGGGCUUCGGUGGCGGACCUGGUCAAUAUGCUCAUCUGGCGCCGACAUACGCAGCCGUCAACAGUCUGUGCAUUAUUGGGACGCAGAAAGCAUAUCGUGCCAUUGAUCGGGACUCGCUGGUGAAUUUUUUGUACAGCGUACGUGAUUCCGAUGGCUCUUUUCGCCUGCACGUUGAUGGUGAGACGGAUGUGCGUGGUGCCUAUUGUGCCAUAUCUUGUGCUAAGUUGCUGAAUGUUCCCGAGCUACACCUCAAAAAUCUAUUUACUGGCACUGGCGAUUGGAUUGCGCGCUGCCAGACGUACGAAGGUGGGUUCGGAGGUGCCCCAGACUUAGAGGCACACGGCGGUUACACUUUCUGUGGUAUUGCCGGCUUGGCACUGCUCAACGAGGCGCACAAGUGCAAUAAGAAGGCGUUGUUGCACUGGACCUUGUCCCGUCAAAUGAGCUAUGAAGGUGGCUUCCAGGGUCGCACUAAUAAACUGGUCGAUGGCUGCUACUCGUUCUGGGUAGGCGCCACAAUUCCGAUCACACAGGCCACUUUGGCCAGCACGGACAAAAGCAUGGAGCACACACUGUUUGAUGUGCAGGCCUUACAGGAGUAUAUCAUACUCUGUUGUCAAAAACAGAAUGGCGGUCUAAUUGACAAGCCCGGCAAACCACAAGAUCUCUAUCACACUUGCUACACACUCAGUGGAGUUUCCAUAGCACAGCACUCGGAAUCCGCACGAUUUCCACAAGUGUUGGGUGACACUAUUAACGAACUCUUACCCACACACCCUCUGUUUAAUAUACCACCGAAGUCUGUGGUAGCUGCUCUAAGCUAUUUCUCAGACAAUUCCAACAAUGAUGCCGAUAGAAUCGAUAGUACCUGGAAGCCAGCCGAAGAAGAAGAUAGAUAAGACCACAAAGGAUUCACACAAAACUGUAGCCAGAGGCAUAUACAUACAUAUAUAUUUUGUACACAGUAGAUUUUCCUUAAACGUUAUUAAAUUGUUUGUGCCCAAUUUCAAUAUACUGA